UUUUUUUCAAUGAAUUUUUAAGAUCUUAACUGUAAGCGUGAGAUCACAUGGAAUGAGAUAUGAGAGAAUAUGCCUCAACCCAUGACUUUUUAAUCUCCAUGAAACUCUCCCACCAAAUAAAACUCACUCAAAUCAGCUUUCAAAAUAGAAACCGGAAACAGAACCUGUCACCCUUCUGUUUGUUCAUCUGAAUAUAAAUAUGUAUACCAUCUCAUCAAUUAUGUGCCUGUUUUCAGCUUCCUUAAAGCUUUAACUUUUCUGGGUAAUUCUUCGUUUUUCUUAUCAUCCAUUGUGUACAGAGAAGAACGGGGAGCGAGCGAGCAAAUGAAGACAUAAGGGUACAUACUGCUUAAUUUUUGGUGGGCAGCGACGGUCUUUCAAUGAUGUUUAUUUAGGUGGUGGUGGUUAUUUCAGUGACCCAAUAUAAUGACCCAUACUCUGUUUCACUCGCACACACUUGAUUACUAGCUAGCUAGAGAAAAGGGACCUUAUUCUUUGAUCAGAAGAAGAAAACAUCCCAAGCUUUUUGCAUAGGUGCUUGGGCUGAAAGGGAAAGUUGCAGAUCUCAUUCAUAAUUUGAUAUAAAGAGAUCUUUCAAUAUGGUGAAUGUACUUUUGGUAGUUACAUUUUUGAGUCAUAUUACAUGGGCUGUCAAGGGCAGCUCACAUUGCAAACAGACAGAAACCUGGGAGAUUCAUCCUCACAGUGUCGCUAUUACUGAAUUCGGGGCGGUUGGAGAUGGUGUCACUCUCAAUACGAAAGCCUUUCAGAAUGCCAUCUUCUACCUCAAUUCGUUUGCUGACAAAGGUGGGGCCAAGCUUUUUGUCCCAGCUGGCCGGUGGUUGACAGGAAGCUUCGAUCUCGUCAGUCACCUGACAUUGUGGUUAGAUAAGGAUGCGGUAAUUCUUGGAUCAAAGAAUCCUGAUGAUUGGCCAGUUGUUGAUCCUCUGCCUUCCUAUGGCCGAGGUAGGGAGUUACCUGGAGCAAGACAUCGAAGCCUCAUAUAUGGUUACAAUUUGACCGAUGUGAUCAUAACAGGUGACAAUGGAACUAUCGAUGGCCAAGGCAGUGUUUGGUGGAACUGGUUUCAAAGUAAAACUCUGAACUAUACUCGGCCCCAUUUGGUUGAGUUGAUGAACUCAACUGGGGUUUUAAUCUCAAACUUGAAUUUCUUGAAUUCUCCAUUUUGGACAAUCCAUCCGGUAUACUGCAGCCGCGUCACAGUCCGGAAUGUCACAAUUCUGGCUCCUCUGGAUUCACCAAACACGGAUGGGAUCGAUCCAGAUUCUUCUGAUGAUGUGUGCAUUGAAGACUGUUACAUUAGCACCGGGGAUGAUCUAAUUUCCAUCAAAAGUGGGUGGGAUGAGUACGGAAUUUCAUUUGGCCGCCCCAGCACAAAUAUUAUCAUCCACCGGCUCACUGGCCACAAUCGAAACGGCUCUGGGAUUGCAAUUGGAAGUGAGAUGUCCGGAGGUGUUUCUGAAGUUCAUGCAGAAAACCUUUAUUUUUUCAAUACAAGCACGGCUAUCAUAAUAAAGACUGCUCCUGGAAGGGGUGGUUAUGUGAGAAAUAUCUAUAUAUCAGAUGUUACCUUGGUUGGUGUAGACACAGCUAUAAGGUUCAAUAGUAAUUUUUCCGAGCAUCCAGAUGAUUUUUAUGAUCCAAAUGCUCUCCCUGUAAUAGAAAGGAUCACUGUUAAAGACGUCAGAGGAGAUAACAUAAAAGUUGCAGGCCUCCUCAACGGCAUAGAAGGGGACAGUUUUCGUCAUCUUUGCUUAUUGAGUAUUACUCUAAACGUAACCUCGGAGUCUCCUUGGAACUGCUCGUACAUUCAAGGGUACUCUGCCUUGGUUUCCCCAGAAACUUGUGAACCUCUAAAGGAAAGCAUCUACCCCAAGCAUUAUUCUGAUUGUUACUAUCUAUCGAAUCAUUUGCAUAGUUCAGGUAAUCAAAACAGAAGUUCUUGGUUUGGAAUUUUGAAUUUUUUUAGUACAGAAUUUUUAUUCUUGCCAUUUCUCAACACAACAGCCCGUCGUCACCUCACCAGGGAAACGAUGGCCAACAUACAAAGUUGACUGGAUUAGCUUGUGGUUGUCCAUUUGUUAGAGAGAUUGUUUCUUGUAAGUUUGUUUGCAGUAAGAAAUAAUUGAGUGAUUUGUUAGAAAAAUUAA